AUGUGGAGGGCCGCCUCGGAGAGCAGGCCGCUCUUCCGGCGCCCUGCGCUGGACGCGCUGGUGGAGUCGUGGACGCCCCCGCCGUUGGCAGCGCCGCCGUCCGCGGACAGGUCGAUCGUCCUCAGCAACCUGCCGCCCGACGCGACUGAGGAGGCGGUGCGGGGCGCCCUCGCGCCGUGCGGGCCCGUCCGCUCCGUGGAGUUGUGCCCAGAGUGGUUGGAGGACUUGCAGCCGGAGUCGUGUCGACAGGAGCCGCCGGAGUACUCCCCGCUGUACGCCAUCGUGGAGUUCGAAGACAGGGAAGGGCGCGACCGGGCGUGCAUGGAUGCCCCGCGCGUCUUCGGGGUAUUGUUCAAGGAGGUGCGGGUGCGGGUGCAGAAGUCGAGGGAUCCUGAGGUGAAGCCAAAGACAAAGAAGAAGGUGGUCACGCGCCCGGCCUACCCGCAGAACGUGCAGCUGAAGAGGACGCUGCUGCUGCAGGGGCUGCCCUGGAGCCUCGAGCCCUGGAAGCUGCUGGCUGGCUGCGCACGUGCCCUGACAGCCGCGGACAGGGGACGAUGCGUCUUCCGGGCCCUCAACUCCGCUGCGCUGGGCGGCCGUGGCGCCCUCGUCGGGCCGCUGCGGGUCGAGGUCGACGGCGACGAGGUCCGGCAGGCGCCAGAUCAGACCGUGCUCCCCGGCAGCGGCCUCGGUGUCACCAAUCUGGUGUUGCGCUUCCAGAGCUUCGAGCAGGCGUACGCCGGGCGCCAGCUGCUCGGCGGCUUGCAGCUGGGCGGGCGGCAGGUGAGGUGCGGCUUCCCACCCUGGCGGCCGAGCUGCCGGGAGAGGGACUCGUCGGGGCAGCCGCUGCCGGAGCCCGUGCUGGUGGACCUGCCGCUCGACGGGCGCGGCGCGAGGUACAACUGCCCGUCGGACGACCCCCUGCGGCUGUUCGGCGUGCCCGCCGCGCUUGCGGCCGGCCAUUCGCUGGUGACGGGCGGCCGGCAGCGGUGCCACCAGGCGUAA